AAUCAGUCAGCUCCCGUAUCAAACCCAUAAAGCCAGAGUACCCGCACUUCUUUUACCCUCUUCCCAAUCUCUCUCUCAAUCAACCACUUCAGUUCCUCCCCCAGAAACCCUAGAAAAUGUCGGGCGGGUUUUUCCGGGGUACGUCGGCCGAUCAGGACACUAGAUUCUCCAACAAACAAGCCAAGCUUAUGAAAUCGCAGAAGUUCCCCUCCGAAUUGGAACAUCUGGUGGACAUGACGAAAGUGAAGAUGGAUGUUAUGAAACCGUGGAUUGCUAAUCGGGUGACUGAACUCAUUGGAUUCGAAGACGAAGUGCUUAUCAACUUUAUUUAUGGCCUACUCGAUGGAAAGGAAAUUAAUGGAAAAGAGGUUCAGAUUCAAUUAACUGGAUUCAUGGAGAAAAAUACUGGAAAGUUUAUGAAAGAGCUUUGGACACUUCUUCUCAGUGCACAGAAGAAUGCAAGUGGUGUCCCUCAACAGUUACUUGAUGCCAAAGAAGAGGAAACUAGGACGAAGAAGGCAGAGAUGGAUCGGGUAACAAAUGAAAUUCAAAAGAAGAAAGAGAAAGAGAAAGAGGGCAGAGAAAUUGAGCAAGAGAAAUUGAGGAAGAUGGACGGUGAGCUUGACGGAUCAAGAGCUAAUGAUGCUGGUUUGGAGCAAAGUUUGAAGCAUCAUCAGCAAAAGGCUUCUGGUGUUCGUACAAUAGACGAGAAACAAACAAACGAGAGGAAUGGCUUAAGAGGAAGAAGCAGGAUGUCUAGAUCUCCUCGUUCAGCUGAUCGUUCCCCUUCAACGCCUCGAGGCACACCUUCUAGGUCAAUUAGCAAGUCCUUCUCCAAUUCUAGAAGUUAUUCAGAUGAAAGGCCCAAGUCAAGAAGUAUAUCUGGAUCUCCUCAACGUAGAAGACGCUCCAUUUCUGCUGAAAAGGCGUAUCGAUCUCCUCCUAGGCGGUCUGUUACACCUCGCAGGAGGCGUUCACCCCGGCAAUCUCUUUCCCCUUCAAUACGUAGAUCAUCUCGUUCUAGGUGGAGAUCCACAUCGCGUUCACGUCGCCGAUCCCCUUCUCCUGUACGGCGUAGGGUCCGUUCACCUUUGAGCCGUGGAUCGUGCUCCCCUAGGAGACGUAGAUCGCGGUCACCUGUGCGAUACAGGCCAAGGUCACCCUUCCGACGUAGAUCACCAUUUCCUGUGCGACGAAGAUCACCAUCUCCUUUGGGACGGGGAUCUCCUCCUCCUUUGCGGCGUAGAUCCCCGUCUCCUUUUCGGCGUAGAUCUCCGUAUCAGAUGCGGCGAAGAUCACCCUCUCCCGUACGUCGGAGAUCACCAUCUCCCAUAAGACGAAGGUACCGGAGAUCUCCAUCAAGUCCACGACGUAGGUCCCCGUCUCCAGUUUCACGCAGGUCUCCUAUCCCUGUCCGCAGGAGAUCACCUACUCCUCAAAGUAGGUCUCCUUCGCCUCAAAAAUGGAGUUCCCCAUCUCCAAUUCGUCGUAAACCCCUUUCACCUGUUAGGAGGGUAUCACCAAAGCGCCAGAGAAGGUCACCUAUGCAAUCUCCUAGAGAUAAAAUCAGGACCCACGAGAAACUCUCCCCAGUUUGUCGUGCACCCUCGAGAGAGAACGCUGGACACCCAAUUGUGUCUCGUAGAAGGCCAGAUGGCGGGGCACGUCGGCUUCCCAUUUCUGCAAGGUCACCAGAUAGAGAUCCAAGGUAUAGAAAUGAUUCACGUAAAAAGGUGCCAGCAUUGUCACCUUCACCAUACAAAUCUCCUUCUCUUUCUGAAUCUCCACCGAGGUCAAGGAGAAGUCCCAGUGAAGAUAGGAGUUCAUAUCAGAGUCCUGUGAAGCAGACAAGGGAACAGAAGAUCCAUGGUAGCAGCCCAAGUUUUACACAGAAAGUGAGAGAACAUAAACCUCAUCUUGACAGUCCGGAAAUAAGUGGAGAGGAGGAAGAAACUCCUAUUGCCAGAGAGCAUCGAGAUCAGAAGCUUAUUAAGUCUUCAGAAAAAAGAUACACACAUUCAUUAACCGCUGAUGAGCCUAAAGAUUCUCUCCAAAAAGUUUAUGACAUGGAUGAAUAUUCUCCUGAAAGAUUAGAUAGUCGUCGGUCUAGUGAGACUCGGAGCCGCCCUGAUAGUGAAUUGAGAAAGAAAGACCUGGGGAUAUUAAGUGAGAAAACUUCUGGAAGGGUGCUUAAUGCUGAAGUACCUGAUCAACAAAAGUCGCCCACAAUUUACCCUGAUGAGAAGGGACGUUCUCCUUCAAAUGAUGUGAAGUACAGCAAUUCACGUCAAAAAUCUGAAACUUUGUCAAAAUCAAUUAGAAAUGUUGGUCAGAAUGAUCAAAGUGGUUCCUUGGAUUCUGGCUCUGAGGAAAGUGACAAGCACAGAGCUGAAGUUAAUGAAAAGAGAAAGCACAGAAGGUCGGAAAGGCAAGAAGUGGCAUCAGAUGAUGAUUACAGUAGUGAUUCCCAAAUAGACGAGAGGAAGAAGGCCAAGAGAAGAAGGAAGGAAGAGAAGAGAUUAAGAAAGGAGGAGAGACGUAGGCGGCGGGAGGAGCGACGUCGCAGAAGGGAAGAACGGCGGGCAGAGAAGCUGAAAAAGAAGUCAAUUGAAACCGACAGUCCACCCUCAGAUUUUGAGAAAAAUCAUGAUGGUUAUGAGUCUUCUGAUGGUGAACGCAUUGCUAGGAGGAAGUCUCGAGCAAGUGACACUGAAGAGAGAGAGUCUGAGCAGAAAAAGCUUGAGAUUGAGCUUCGGAAAAAGGCUCUUGAAUCUCUUAGAGCGAAAAAGGGCGUUAGCCAUUAAACUUGUUACUGCUUUAGAACAUCCAGCUGUUAUUCCAUUGUUUUAAUCUUGUUGAUCAGUAUCUUUUGACAUUUAUUUGAAGAAUAUUAGUGUUUUAAAUGAGGUGGUAUUGCUGAUAGUUGUUUAAUGUAGUCUAUGUUUACUGCUGGCAGCUGAAAUGGAUAAAUGAGGAUUUCCUGAGCUAGUUUGUUGAUUGCUACUUCAUACAGACCUUGCUGCUAUAUUUGCUGAUGAGAAUAUUGUCAACUAGAUGGGUUGAGCAGACUUUGUGCAGCUCCUAGAUUUGAAGUCAAUCAGCUUAAGAGUUGUUCCGGGACUUUGUUUUCUAAAUUCUCCGUGGUGCUUUAGGCUUCAAUACAUCCCUUUUCCUGGUGUAGAUAUCAGCUGUUAAAUCAAUUCGGGUGAAGUUACAAUUGUGAUCUGGCAACGCUAUAUUGGUUUUUAUUCUCCCCCCUAAAAAAAGGAAAGAGAAAUGUUAUAUUGGUUACUGGCUCCGGAGUAGUUUUAGUCCCUCUAGAAGCAUUCUCUUUUUGACAAGUUACCUUGACUGCUUGAGGAAUUUUUGUUUACAGCAAGCUGGUAAAGGUCUGUAUUACGUACUCCUGUACCAAAUCUCGGGCUUGAAGCUCACCCUAAACCCACUUCCCACUAUAAAUGUAAUUCGCUCACGCCUUUCUGAUGCGAUAUUUCUUUCUUUUUACUGGUCUCGAGUUAAUAAAUGACACUUCUUCAAAUUCAUCCCAUAGGUACCUUUUAGCCAUUGCAAUACCCAUUUCCCUAACUUGGCCCAUACUUUUCCUCCGUCAACUCUAUAUAAAGAUCAUGCAACCAUUAGAUUGAACCACCCAAAAUUUCUUUGCCCAAACCAUCUUGUCUGUUAUUGGAGUGUAAACCGCAUCUCAGUUUACCAGGUAGUAUUUGAAUUUUUGCCCAGGUGCCCCAUUGAAAAUCCUCCAGAUGUUAUCCAACCUUUUUGGAAGGGACUUCGGAAUGUUGAAGAUAGAAAUAAAAUAUGGCCAAAGGCUUGAAAAGAUGGCCUUUUCCAAUUUUAAACAAACACUGCUGCUGUUUCCUUGCUGGCCGUUUCCUCUUGAAGCUUUCAUCACUGAGAAGAAGUCAGAAGAAAGCGCCUUGGAAAGACAAAGCAGGAUGCCCGAAAAGCAAAGGGUAGCAAAGCAAUAUGCCUGGAAAGCAAAGGGUAGCCGUAGUAUUAGCAGGGUAAGUUCCGUAAUGGAUGGGUGCUCUCUUCAUCUGAAGUCUUUGUCCAUGGGUCAGCCCUGUUUCCGGCAGAAACUCAUAUCCAUUUGCCCCUUAUGGGGACUUGAACCACAUUAGGAGGUAGAGGAGGUUGUGGAGAUACGACUAGGCAACAACCUUGGUGCACAAGAGAAAAUGGAGGGAAUAAAUAUUUUAUCUUGGAUGAGAUCUUCCGGAGCAGUCUUAAGACCCCUGGAUUGGAUAACGUGGAGUUCAGUAUUUUUCCUCAGGAUAUCUACCUGGCGACAAGUUAUAAUGAUCAAAGGUUUUGUAACGUACUUCUUUUUUAAUUGUUACAAUAAGAUGGAGGAGUAUGAAUAAGUCUACAAGUUCUUUACAAUUUAGGGCUCCCAUGAACACGGAUAAUCAUGUCUCUUGCUUAGAGGUUAAACUAGUGUGUAAGAUUUUAUUUUUCUUCAAGAUCGGUAAACAGGCUUUAUAUAUAUAUAUAUAUAUAUAUAUAUAUAUAUAUAUAUAUAUAUAUUUAUUUAUUUAUUUCCCUUUAGUUGAGGACUGAUCUCUGCAUCCCAGUGCUGAUUAAGUAUAGAGAUUGUUGAGCCGGUGAUUGUUUUGGUUUGAUAAUGUGCUUGAACAGGGGUCUUCCCAUGUUUUUUGUGCUUGUCAUGUUUCUCUUGAGUGUGCUUGUCUGGUUUGUGGCCUAUUAAGUCAGCAAUGAUUGGUUAUUUCAAGAGCAUGCCUUUGGGGGCUUUCGCCCUUGUGUAACUUUUUUCGAUUCUUAAAUUGGAGAUUUUUGAAGUGAGCACGAGUUAAAUUAAAAGUGACACCUUGAAAUGGUAUUACAGUUAAAUGUUUCUCUUGACUAUGCAUGCAUAUGGUAGGAAUAAUUCUCAUGGAGAGAGAAAUGGAAGAAAAGAUAAAUGAUGAUCCUUCUUUGUAAGGGGGAUGGAUAUUCUGUUACAAUGGUCACUGAGCUAGUUCUAAGGUAGAGUAAGGAUGAUCAGAUUAGUAUUUGACCUCUAAAUUGUGAAUUGAUCUGAUAUUAGUUUUUGGAAUCGGAAGUGAAUCAGUAUGCAUGGAUGGUAUGAACGGACUAAACAAAAGAACAACAGACCAGAAAGUACCGGAUUAAAGUACCGGAUUCUCUUUCGAAGAGGCCCAGAAAGAAGGCUAGAAUGUCUUUGGAUAGUUGGAUUCUACAAGCAAUUUGGUUCAGUCGGUGUGUGUUUGCUUUAUCUUUGUUUUACCAUUCAAAAUUUUUUCGGGCACAAAUGCAUUUUUGUACUCCACCGGAAAAAUGAAAAAGGAAUUAACACAUAACUUGAGAGUUGGUUUCUCUUUGUGGUUUAAGAAAACAAACGCACAAAUGGGGUAAAAUAUUGUUUAAACAUUUAUUGGAUGACGAAUCUCCUGUUUUUGCUUCACCUUACAUUAUUGUAUUUGUACCUCACAUAAAACUUGACGCACGGGUCAGAUAUUUUACGAUUUUAAAAAGCUUAGGUUAUUUAGCGGUGGUGUCAACACCAAUUUUAUAUGUCGAAGAUCUUUCUUAUCCGGAUUUGAUGUAAGAUAAAAAUUGAUAACAUUUUCUCUUAUCUAACUCACAAUGUAUGAACCUGUCUACUUGUCCACCCUAAUGGUGGGAGAUCCGAACACUUUCAUGUGGAUGUUAGAGUGACACCAAAUAAAAAAUUAAACCCACUCUGAUACCAUCUGCUAUGGGCCCGGAUAAACCAAAAGCUUUAGGCCGUGACACAUCGCAGCGUGUGGGUUUUUUCAUCGGUGGGCCAAGUGUGUUUUUUAUUUAUUUUUGAUCAGUACAUUGAGAAUGACAUUUUAUGGUGGAUUGGCGCACUUAAUAUGCUUCGAAAUUGUCUGGUGUCCAAUUUCCUUCUAUGGAUAAAAUUUGCUUACAUGGCUGAAUCCCAUUGGACAUUCCUCACAUCUCUCCAUCCAGAUAACAUUCAAACAACACAAACCCUUCUGCUCAUCCAAUUCACACACACACACACACACACACACACACACUCUCCAACUAGUGUUUUUGAUCCAAUCUAUGAGUUGGGCACUUGAAUGGACACAUUAAUUCAUUACAUAUGUAUAUCAUUUUGACAAUACUACUAUAAAUUUUUUUUUUU